AUGGCCAAAAACCUUGAGUCCGCUCGCAAUGAGCGCAACGCGUCCGCUGAGAACGCAGAUCAUCCCAACCACUCCAUCUCAUCUGCCACCCCUCGAGAUGGGCAGCCGUCAGGCACCAGCUCUAGCUUCUCGUCCAGCCUCUUCGUAGGCGAUGGACAGUCUCGAGAUAUCAGCUCAACUAACGAAGAUUCCAGCUCAGGCGGACCCCAGCCUAGCUCCUCGAACAACGCCGAGCCUGGCUCUGAAGAGCAAGUGGCUCCUGUCCCCCAGUCUCCCGUCAUCUCUGACGAUGUUGACACUAGGGAUACCCCGGCGGCCAAGCCCAAACGCGGCCCGAAUGCCGGUACCGUUGCGAAGCGUUUCUACCGCAACGGCAACGGCAACAAUGUCAAGAUUGACAGCCUCGUCGGCAAGAGGCUUGCCAGAUUGCCUGCCCAGCGCAAUCCGGAGCCGCGCGACCGCACCCACAAGCCCAACAUGAAGAGGCGGGGCAACGUCGAGGCCAUGCUUGUGCAGGUCGCCGGCGAAGAACCUCAUCACGCCUGCAGGAACUGCCGCAAGGGCCACGGCCCUUGGGCAAGGUGCGUCAUCAUGGAGGGAAGCCUCUGCGGAAGCUGUGCCAACUGCUGGUACAAUGCGUGCGGCUCUCGCUGCACAUUCCACGACAGCAAAACAAAGUAUGAGACAACUUCACAUCAUCAGCCCCCUCAAGCCACAUCACCCAAUGCGCUCCCUCUGGGCCCUUACCCUCCUCAACCCCCAUUCCACCAAGCUCCUGGUCCCUCGGCCAGUCCCCUCAUGCCCACCUACGCGCCUCCUCCCAUCCCCGCAUACCCCCCUCCUCCUCCUCCUAUGCCCAGUUACCCUCCUCCUCCUCCCGUCCAAAGCUACCCCCCUCCUCAUCCCAUCCCUAUGCAACAACCGGCCGGAGCACCAGGCCCUUACUCAGCCCCCAUCGGGCGUCAACUCCUCUCCCGCUUCGCUCACUGGAACAUCUCCGCCUCAACGGCCGAAGCAGUAGCACAGGCAUGCACCCUCGACCCGCGCGAGCGCAGCCACGCCAGGGUCCAGGCCGCAGCCGAGGAGCUCGGGAUGCUGAUCGCUGAUCACGCACAGCAGUUCGGCGACGAGCCGGACACCUACCCCUCCCCCGCGCCCGUGGCUCUCAUGGCUCCGGAUUAG